UCGAGUCUUAAUGCUUUUAAUGUAGUGUGUAAGAGAAAAAGAGAGAAGCAUGCUAGACAUAGUGACAUAGACAUAUCCUCAAUCCUCUGGUUGUAUUUCUGUCCCAUGGAAUGUGGUGGGUCUCCUUCCACUGGCUGACCUACUUCACUGUAACUCUGCCCAGCUAGUUUGAGUUCGGCACUCGAGCCCGGACAGAGAGCGGACACUUGUUUUUGAAUCCGGUUUACCUCGGUUUACUCACCACACCCUGAACCUACAGGCAGCCAUGGAGCAGAAGCCUGAAGUGGAGAUUGAGCAUAAGGAUGUUGCUCCAGAUGCUGAGCUAGCAGGUGCGAUUAUGAAAAGACAUUUCCGUCCAUCUCUGAUUAAAUCUGAAGCGUGGGAGGGAUAUACGUUUGCCGAUCUGGAAAUUAAAAUCAAAGAAUCGACCGAUUGCUACGGCGCUGUGCUCUGGCCCUCAGCCAUGGUGCUGUGUCAUUUUCUUGACACCCAUCAGGAAACAUAUAACCUCGUAGGAAAGAACGUCAUUGAGCUUGGUGCUGGAACCGGAUUGGUCACUAUAGUGUGCAGCCUUCUAGGCGCAAAAGUGACGUCCACUGACCUCCCUGAUGUUCUUGGAAACCUAUGCUACAAUGUGAGGCGCAACACCAGGGGGCGCUGUACCUAUGAGCCCCGUGUGACUGAGCUCACCUGGGGGCAGCAGCUAGAAGAACGUUUUCCCAAAGCAUCCUGUGGCUAUGACUACCUCAUGGCAGCAGAUGUUGUUUACUCCCACCCAUACCUCGACGAACUGAUGGAGACGUUUGAACACCUGUGCUCAAAGGACACUGUUAUACUUUGGGCGAUGAGGUUCCGCCUGGACCCUGAAAAUAGAUUUGUGGACCGAUUUAGUGCCAGCUUUCAUUUGGAGGAGCUUUAUGACUUACCAAGUCUACACAUUAAGCUCUACAGAGCACAAAAGAAAGUCUCUGGCUCACAGAGUCAUUCUGAGGCUGCGGCGUAGAAUUUGGGAUGACAAACGUGUAAAUUUUAAUGUGAA